GCCGCACACCGGCAUGCGUCAAGACAUGUAACAGUCAAGACACGAUGUCUGCGACAUGACGUAAAGAAAGGAGUACAGUUGAAACGAAUGAGAUUAUGAAAACCGCCGCACACCGGUCUGAGUCAUGAUGCUGACGUCAGCUUCCUGCUGCCGACACGUGCAGCAAGAUAAGGCAUGUUCCUUUUCUGUUCGUCAAGACUGAGACAUCAGUACUCAAGGAACAGCACCAGUGUAAGUUAUCGACAUGAGUGAAGAACAAACAAAUAUUAAAAUAGUGCAGACGGUUGAGAAAUUCCCGGUAAUAUACGAUUAUUUAUCCCCGGGCCACUCAAACAAGGAGGAGAUUGAUAAAGCUUGGCAUGCAGUUUCAAAAGAAGUAAACGUAGAUGUUAACUCUUGCAAAGAAAAAUGGAGGAACUGCAGAAACUGCUGGGCGAGAUAUUUGAGACAGACUCCUCCUGUCAGUGGUUCUGCCGCCAGACCCAAGAAGCCUUACUACCUUGCAGAAUACUUGGCCUUUCUGACUCCAUUUACGAAGUCACGAAGGCAGCUGGGAUCUAUGGAGAUUCCUCCAACAACAGAGAAGCUUUCCCCAACAAUAGAAGAAGACCCUGUAUCUCCCACCACCACAGAAGUACGGAAUGUGAGCGACCAUGAAGAAAUGCAAUCGCUACCUCCACCACGCGAAAUUCGCAAAAAAAGGGAGAGAUCCAAAAUGGAUAUUGAUGAGGUUUUCACCUCAUACCCAAAAACGAAAGCGAAAAGGAUACCUGGAGAAAGGUCAGACAAUCCAGACCUUUGCUUUUUCAAAAGCCUUUUACCAGAUGUCGCCAAAUUAACACCUGCCCAGAAGAGCGCAUUCAAACUAUUUGUUCAACAAAACUUACAUGACACGUUGUACAACUAAUCCGCUGAUUUUCAAAAUGCGAGUAAUGUGAAUCACUUCCCAAUAUCACUAUUUAAAUAUGAGUCAGUCCAGGCUCUUGUACGCCAUUGCCCUCCCCAUGAGAUGGACGUUUUGAUCCUAGUUAUCAGAUGUGAGUUGCCACCAUGUCAUUGAAAACUGUAGCCUUUUCUAGGUUAACGUACUCAAAAUUUUGGACAAUUAAAAUUAAACAUUAUUAUCAACAAUAAUCCCCUAUUGUUGAUAAUAAUGUUUAACUUUCACAGUGAAACGAUUCGAUCAUGUCUAAUGAACAUUUAAAAUAAAUAUGCACAAUUUGGCGCACA